AGGCAAAAUUCAAAUUAUAUAUACAUAUACAUACGAAAGGCCAUCUCAUCCACAUUUCUCUCACCCACUCUCUCUCUCUCUCUCCGCGCUUUUGUAUUUUUUAAAAAUAUUGAGAAUCUCAAAAAUAAAAAAAAUAAUUGAGAGAAAAAUAGAGAAAGGAGAUCGUGAAAGACAGGGAGGCUCAGCUGAAGAAGGAGAUAACUUUUGGGUUUGGAGACUCCUGAGAACAUUGGCGUUAUUGUGAUUUUAAUUCUUCAUUCUACACCUGAAGGUUUGUGUCUUUAGCUACUCGUCAUGGUGGCCACCUCUGCUACAUCCUCAUUCUUCCCUCUCCCAUCUUCCUCUCUCGACCCCAAUGGCAAAACCAACAAACUCACCUCCACCAACUUCUCCGGACUCAACCCCACACCAAACUCUUCCGGCAGGUUAAAGGUCAAACCAAACGCCCAAGCUCCAUCCAAGAUCAACGGCAAGAAAGUCUCUCUGCCAGGCUCAGUACACAUCGUAAAGACUGAUAAUAACCACGAUCUCUCGCAACAACACGCACCCAGAACGUUCAUCAACCAGCUACCUGACUGGAGCAUGCUUCUCGCCGCCAUCACAACGGUCUUCUUAGCAGCUGAGAAGCAGUGGAUGAUGCUUGAUACUAAACCGAGACGCUCCGACAUGAUUAUGGAUCCGUUUGGGUUAGGGAGAAUCGUUCAGGAUGGGCUUGUGUACCGUCAGAAUUUCGAUAUCAGGUCUUAUGAAAUAGGUGCUGAUCGCUCUGCAUCUAUAGAAACAGUCAUGAAUCACUUACAGGAAACGGCUCUCAACCAUGUGAAGUCUGCAGGACUGCUGGGAGAUGGGUUUGGUUCUACACCUGAGAUGGUUAAGAAGAACUUGAUAUGGGUCGUUACUCGUAUGCAGGUUGUAGUUGAUAAAUAUCCUACUUGGGGAGAUGUUGUUGAAGUAGAUACAUGGGUCAGUAAGUCUGGGAAGAACGGUAUGCGUCGUGAUUGGCUAGUUCGGGAUUGCAAUACUGGAGAAAUCUUAACUCGAGCAUCAAGUGUGUGGGUGAUGAUGAAUAAAGUGACAAGGAAAUUAUCAAAGCUUCCUGAAGAGGUUCGAGGGGAGAUAGAGCCUUACUUUGUGAACUCUGACCCAAUCCUUGCCGAGGACAGCAGAAAGUUAACAAAGCUAGAUGACAAGACUGCUGACUAUGUUCGCUCUGGUCUCACCCCGAGAUGGAGUGACUUGGAUGUUAACCAGCAUGUUAACAAUGUGAAGUACAUCGGGUGGAUACUCGAGAGUGCUCCAGUGGAGAUGAUGGAGAAGCAUAAGCUGAAAAGCAUGACUCUUGAGUACAGGAGGGAAUGCGGGAGAGACAGUGUGCUUCAGUCUCUCACCGCGGUUUCGGGUUGCGAUGUUGGUAGCCUCGGGACAGCUGGUGAAGUGGAAUGUCAGCAUUUGCUUCGACUCCAGGAUGGAGCUGAAGUGGUGAAGGGACGAACAGUGUGGAGUUCGAAAACACCAUCAACGACUUGGGACACUACAUCGUAAAAAGAACAGCAAAGGGUGCUUUGGUUCCUCUGUAAACUAUAUACCUGCUUGCAACCACCACCUUUGUAUAUUUUUAUUCUUAUUUUUGGUUUUAUUUUUCUUUGAUGGAUAUACAUUAUAUUUAUUUAAUCUUUCUAUUUAUUUGUUUUUUUUUUCUUAUGGGAAAAGUGGGUGUGGUCGUCUAUCA